GACAGGGAAACUUCACUCCGAGUUAUUCAAGAAUUCCGCUUCAACAAGCAUGAGCCUACAGCCAAUGGAUGUCUUUGAUACGCGAUAUUUUCGAAUUAACAAGCUAAUGCUAUCGUUCGUCGGCCUGUGGCCGAUGCAGUCUAACAAAACUAUACUUUACUAUUGUGUAAUACUUGGUACAUGGAUUAUAAUAUUGCCGCAGAUCGCAUACGUGUUCAAACGUGUGAGAAAUUUGAGUGAGUUUUACGAUGUUCUACCGAUUCUUAUCGGCGCAUGUAUAUGUUGCGUGAAAGGAAUUGGUUUUCAUUGGCAGAUCGAAAAAUUUAGAAUGAUCGUUCAGCACGUGCGUCACGAUUGGUGCUUACUGGAAAAAAGCGAUGAUAUUUGGAUUUUGAUGGAAUACGCCGAGAGGAGUCGGAUGUUCACGCUGAGCUAUUUAAGUUUCUUAUUCAUCAGUACGGUCAGUUUCAUGACGGCGCCACUCACCAUGCCGUUACUCGACAGUAUACUGGCGUCAAAUGUGACAAGACCGAAGCAAAUGCCGCAUCCGUCCGAGUUCCUCGUAGAUAUAGAAAAGUAUUAUUAUAUUCUUCUGGCAAUUACGUUCGUAGGAUACAUCGCAUGCUGGUCGAUAGUCGCCGCAACCGAUACCAUUUACGUCGCGCUUCUGCAGCAUAUCUGUGCUAUACUAAUUAUACUGGGUUGCCGUUUGAAAAAAUUGGCUGCACACGAUAAAUCAAACUGUACCGAUCGUAAUUACGUAUCUAGAAGAGACAGGGAUGUUGAGCAUUUGAUAAAAUGUAUACAGCUGCAAGUCAGAAUAGAGAGAUUAAUCCACUUGAUUGAGACGUCAUUCGCGGUAUGUCUUUUUACCGACAUCGGCUUAGGGAUUCUACUUCAGUGUUGUGCAUGCGUCAUGAUCGUGACACAGACGGAACUGUUGAGAAACGCUCCGCUUGUGAGCAUUCAAGUUGUCCGAUUCUUCUUCUGGAGCUGGUUGGGACAGAAGAUAGUAGAUUACAGUUCACAGAUUUCUGUUGCAGCGUAUAAUAGACCGUGGUAUCUAACGUCUUUGGAAGCAGAAAAGAUAUUGCUAUUUCUAUUAAUGAAAAGUCAAAAACCAAAUCGUAUAACUAUGGUGAAAUUAUACGUAAUCUGUUUGGAAAGUUACAGCUCGAUCAUGAGAGCAUCCGUUUCCUACGUUAUGUUAAUGAUUUCAUUAAACUCAAAUGACACGUAAUUAUUUGCCAUAUGAAGUUCCGUCGUUAACUUUGUACAUGUUGUCAAAAAUAUAAUUAUAAAUAAAGUAUUUUUGUUCUCGUGUGUGUUUCUCAUCAAAAA